AUGACUGAUUGGGUGCAGAGCUUCUUCCUCUUGGUGGCCGCCAUCUUUUCCCAUGCAGAGGAGACCUGCCCAGAUGUGAAAGUCAUUGGAGUGGGGGCUUCAGACAAGCUGAGCAUUCUGCGAGGAUGUCCUGGGACCCCUGGAAUACCGGGGCUACAAGGACCCGCUGGUCCUGCAGGAGCUAAAGGUGACAAAGGUGACCCAGGUGUUCCCCUUCCUGGAACUACAAAGAACUGUAAGGAAUGGUUGGACCAAGGAUCAUCCAUCACUGGUUGGUACCCUAUUUACACCCCCACUGGGCGGCGCCUCCUUGUGCUCUGUGACAUGGAAACUGAUGGAGGGGGAUGGACAGUCUUUCAAAGACGAUCAGAUGGUUCUGUAGAUUUUUUCCGUGAUUGGGAUUCUUACAAGAGAGGCUUUGGCCUCCAGCAAACUGAAUUUUGGUUGGGGAACGAGAAUCUCCAUCUGCUCACAGCAACAGGGUAUUUCCAGCUGCGCAUCGAUCUGACCGACUUUGAAAAGAAACACACUUAUGCCGCUUACAGUGCCUUCAGCAUCUCUGGGGAGUCUGACAACUUUGCCCUUAGACUUGGGACUUUCACUGGAGGAGACGCAGGUGACUCUUUAUCAAUCCACAACAACAUGGCAUUCAGCACUAAAGACAGAGACAACGAUGCCCACGUAGCUGGUCACUGCGCUCAGACCUACAGGGGGGCCUGGUGGUAUGAAAGCUGCCACUCAUCCAACCUCAAUGGACUCUACCAGCAGGGGGAGCACAGCAGUUCCAGUAAUGGCAUUAACUGGAGAACAGGCAGGGGGUACCAGUACUCCUACAAGGUGUCAGAAAUGAAGUUUCGGCCUCUGUCAGGGUAGAAAACAGAAACCCUGAUAUAUGUGGAGUCUGACGCUCCCUACAGGAUCAUUUGUGUAUUACAGUACCCCAUCCAAUAAAAAAUGUUGUAGCACUGG